AAGGCAACUGAAUUAGCAUAUUUCGGAACGGGUGGCGGAACAGGAGAAAUAUGUGAAUGUGCGAUUAACACAAACUUAGAAGAAGAAAAACCUUCGAAAAAAAUGUCAAAGCAGGAGGAAGAUGGAGAUGCUGCCUUCGAUCGGAUCAUGGAAAUGGUGGGUGAUGCGGGACCCUUCCAGUGGCGGUACAAUCUUAUAUUCAACGUCGUUGCGGUGACGUUUUUCGCGAUGAAUGUGGUCAACAUUCUUCUCAUUCUGACGGUUCCGGAACAUCACUGUGCCGUCCCCGGGAUGGAGUUGUACAACGUGAGCGAUCAGGAACUGUGGAACAAUUUGACACUUCCCAGAGCCCCUACCAGUCGAGGAGACCUCGGGUACAGUUCUUGCACCAUGUACAACGUGUCCCUUUAUCCGCCGGGAACCGAUCCCGCCCAAUUGGUAUUCGGUGAAAACGACACCAUCCCCUGUCAGUACGGCUACUGGUACGAUCGGCAGUAUUACGAUAAAAUACCGGCAACCCAGCAGAACUGGGUCUGUGAAAAGGAACUCUACGCUACCAACGUAUUUGCGGUGAUUCGGAUGGCCGAGGUGUUGGGUUCGUUUGCACUCGGGCAAUUGGGCGAUCGGAUAGGUCGCCUGCCAGUGUUUUUGGUCAGCAUAGUGAUGAUUGUUGUCGGACGAUCGCUUGCGGUAAUUACGGAUGAAAUCUACUGGCUGUUUGCUUUGCUUGCCUUCAUCGGUAGCUUCGGAACAAAUACCAGCUUUCAAUCGCCGCUGAUCGUUGUCAUGGAAAUAUCGCGGGAUGAAGAUCGAGCUGCCCUUUCACUGUGGCAGCUUGUCGGAUGGACUCUAGGAGUUUCUCUGCCUCCGUUGGCUUUCUGGUGGCUGCGUGACUGGGUCUGGUUCAUGCUUCUGACCAGCAUUCCUUGUGCACUCUUCAUCCUGAUACCGGGAUAUACGAUCGAAUCACCGAGAUGGUUAGCGACUCAGGGGCUCUAUAAAAAAUGCCUGACCGAAUUGAAAAAAAUUGCCAAAGUAAACGCAAGGCAGUUUCUGUUGACGGAAGAUGAACUUCGUGAACGUGUUCCUGUGAAAGAAGUGGAAAAGACCUAUGGCAUAGCAUCUCUCUUUAGCGGAUGGCAUAUGACGAAAUUGUCCGGUUUGCUUCUUUUUAGUUGGAUCUGCAAUACAAUUCCGACCUACACGCUACUCCUGUUCAGUAUGCAGAUGGGUGGUAAUCCCUUUUUGAACGUAUUCUGGCAGGGAGCUAUUGAACUGGCGCUGAGGGAUUCAAUUGGAGACACGUCCCGGGAGUGCAGCAUCCAGCCGACGAACUUUCUCGUGGACUACAGCCCUCUGAUCUUCUCAACCGAGUUCGAUGGUGGAACGGUCCAGAUUGGCUGUCGUCGUCAUAAGAAUAUUGGCCACGAUGUGUCUUGCUGGAGAAUGAUUCGACAGAGGUCACUGAAGAAUGUCCGUCGUCGUCCGAGGGAAAUUCAUUCGGACAUCGGAACAGCUUUCAAAGGUGCAUCGAACGCUCUUCACCGAUUGUACGACAUGUUGAAGAAGAACAGCGAAGACAGGGAGCAGAUAUUCAACUGGUGUGCAACGGCAAGAAUUCAGUGGAAAUUCAAUCCUCCGCAAGCUCCGCAUUUCGGUGGAUUAUGA